CCGAUGUUGAGUCGACAGGCCGCCUAGCGUAGUACUCGAAGUACUCGACAGCUCGCGAUCAAAGCAAGCGGCAGGAAAAAUGGCGUCGGAUAACGAAGCCUCCUGCGUUAGUGACCCAAAUUUCGCGGUAAUUUGCUCGUUCCUCGAGUGUUUUGGUAAAUCAUGCGGCAUUGAGUACCCGGACAUAGCCUUACUUCAGGAUAUGGUAGAAAACGCCCAGGAAGUACCACAACAGUUGAUAGACCUGCACAUAAAGCUGUUAAGAAAAACGCGCAAGACUGUAUCCGCAGAAAAAUGGGAACGAGCUCUAGUGAAAUUUUGUCAUACAUAUUCAAACCAAGAUGGAUGGGAGCUCGAGCGUUUCGGCUACAAGAAAGCUCGGAUUGCCGUCAAAUUGCGGCUUCUGAAGGUUCUUCUUGAGGCGCAGUUUGACUUGAAUCAAAGGUUCAAAAACGAAGUAAACAAGUUGGCUGCGAGUGAGUUGCGAGUCGAACCUCUUGGUCGAGAUAAGUCUGGCUUAGCUUACUGGUGUCAGCUGGAUGAAGAAUGUAACAUAAGAGUUUACCGCGAAGACUUGGACGAGGAGAGCUGGCAGCUUGUUGCGAAGGAUCGCGACGGGGUGGUCAGUCUGAUUAGCACGUUGACAAAUGGUGAGGCUGGAGAUAUACUAGAAACAGAGGAUAGCAAUAGCCUUGAAAUAUCAGAGAAGCCGAUAAUUGAUACAGGUCAAGUGACAACCUCGCCAAGCGUAGAGGAGGAAAAUAGAGAUAAUAUAGAAGUGGCUGUUGUCGAGGGAAAUGGCAAAGAAGAUGCAGAAAGUUUGGAGGAAGACCUAGAUGAGGAAGAAGAUGAAGAAGAGGAUGAAGAGGAUAAGGAGGAUGAUCAAGGUGAAGAAAAGGAGGAAAACGGAAAGGUGGACGAGGAGGAAGAAGGCGAUGAAGAGGGUGAUGAGGAAGACGUCACAAAUGAAGAAAGUUCACAACAAAAUACAGAAGAUGAUUCUCAAGACAUCGGCAUUCUUUGCACAGAGUCUGGAGUGAAGAGAACAGCAGACUUGGAAAAUCUCUCUAAUCAACCCCAAAAUCAGGCUAUAGUGCCACCCUGUAAAUUAAAUCUCUCUGAAACUGUUCAUUCGAGUAAAAUCAGAUAUUCCGAAGUCUCCGAUAUUCCUAGUCCCACAGAGCCUCGGGGGAAAAUUUAUGUGAGUCAAGAAACCUCAGAACAAGAAGCGAAGAGUGUAGAAUUGAAGCAUAUCGAAACACCAGUGAUAAAAACUUCACCCAUCAAAGUUGUGAACAUCGCAAAUCUGACCAAACCCGCAGAGGAGAGAAAAUUAGAUCUCAAAGUACCGACGGGAAUAACAUUGACACCUGUGAUGAAGCCAAUUCCACGCGACGAUGUUAAUGAACCGAUAAAAUCUCGUGAAAAUGUACCAGCAAAAAGUAGCAAUGUGUUUUUUUCAUCUGGUGAACCGAUACUGACACAGAACAAAAUAUCGGUAACACCAAUAAACAAGUUGACCGCUAAUCUUUCCAAGCUGCAAUCGGAAAAACUAGAAAAAUUAAGCGGGUCCAAGUCGCUGGAGAAAAUAGCUGAAAAUUUGGCCAGAUCGAGUGGGAUUCAUGGAAUGGUGACUAGUCCAGAAGAAGAUCGUCAAAUACCAGAAUUCUUCUCCAGGUCUCAGACGGACAAGUCCAGAGCAUCUAGGAGUCAGGGAGGAAUGGAUUUAUCCACAUCGCCCAGGGGAUGGGAGAGCAUCACUGAACGCAACAGACCUGUGGAUUUCUCGGGAAUUGAUCUUUCUAGUCGUAAGUCAGUCGGUAGCAAGGGUGCAGAGCUCCCUUCACCUGGUUACAGACCUCAAGAUUUUCAACACAGAGAAAUAGAUUUGAGCACAAAAAAACCGGGUCGACCAGACUUGUCCAGCAUACGUUUUGACGCCAGAACGGCGUCGAGAAAUCACCCUAUUGUCACGGACUUUAGCAAAAGACAAACGCUGCCGCCUCAAUUGCCAUUCACAAACUACGAUCUACCACCGGCCUAUCGUUCCUCGGUAAGGAUGGGAGGCGCGGACGAUCACCGCCUGCCCAACUACAGUAUGGUUCCAGACCUGAGUAAACUCAAUGCAGUUCGGAUGGGUGGUAAACGUCCGUUAGAAGAGGACGACGUACCACAGGACAUAAUAAAAAGGAUUCACGCAGAUGUGAUACCGAUUAGAAGUACCAUCGACAAGCGACAAAUGAUCGGCAACAAUUGGCGAGAUGAAGUAGGCGAAGCGAUCGAGGAACCGGUCAUGAUGGUGCAGGGACAAGGUUCAGGCAGCGAGUGCGACGCAGUGAAUCCUGGGAUUGGAGAAGCUAUCAAUGAGCCUGUGAUGUAUUUUUAUGGGGAAGGCUUAGGAUCGGAGUCGGAAACUGGCAAUCCCAGUGAUGAAACAUCGACGGACAAUGAAGUCAGUAAAGAAUCAAAAAGUGAGCAAAGCAGCUCUUCUUUGUCGAAUUUAAAUUUACCCGAGAGCCAAGUUUUGCCGGAAAUUAGUCCGACGAACGAAGCUUCCAUAGAAACGGCAACCGAUGAUGCGACCAAUUUACAAGAGAGUCAAAUCGAUGCCCAAACCAACAAGAGUACAACAGAACGUCCCGAGGCUUCAGUUGGGAAAUCUAAAUUCAAACCGACGCUUGGUGUUCAGGUAUUCGUUAAAUCGACUGCUGUUAGUCCCGUGAAAAGGUUGUCAAGAUGGGACGUUGGCAGACCAGUUGAGAAAACCAACACCGAUCAUGAUGUACCCGAUUUACCUGCCGAACAACAAACUUCGAUUAGUGAUACGUUUACCGGUGCUUCACACAAUUCUAAGGAAGACUCGAGUUCUGAUCAAAAUAGAAUGAAAGAGAACACACCGGAAACCAGUAUUAAGUCGGAGACUGUAAUGGGCAUUUCUGAUUACGACAGUGACGCAGUUAAGGACGUGAAAGAUUCAACGUUAUCCAAAAAUGAAACUGAAAGCUGUGAUAUAACUAAGACCGAUGUUUUGGAAUUGGGAAAACCAGAAAAAGCUACUUCGCAAGAAUCGGCGGCAGUCCUUGAGGAAUCGUGCAGGCAUGAAUCAUCAAUAUCAAUAGGUGCUGGACUCAUAAAAGCUAUAUUACCUGGUCUGCUAGCUGUGCCAGGUGCCGAAACAUUGGCUGAAAAGGAUCAUUCGCACGACACGAAUAGUUCAAUGAUACAGACAUUUGAGCAAAAAUCUUCCAACAAUGCAGAUCUUCCAAGCGAGACGGACAAUCCUGCCUCGUCUGAGGCGUCACCGCCGAGAUUUUUUUUUGGCCCCAAUUGUGUAUCGUAUAAUUUGAAAAACGAUGACAAAAAAGGUAAUCCAGUUAGUGAUGCAGCCUGUAAAAUGAGUGUAUCGCAAUGUGAACAGUUAGAAUUGGUGAGUCAUGUCACACCUUCCGUCUCUGACGUUGCGGAACAUACGGAGAAAGACAGCUUCAACAAAUUGGCCGAAAAUCUAGAUCGAACUGUUAGCAUCGAAAAGACUGUGGAUUCUAUAUGUGGGAGUGAAAGUAUCGACCAAUUAAUUGAUCCACAGGCUGUUUCCGCAGGGGAAAAUAAAAAUCUGGAUGAAAAAAUUAAUGUCGAAUCAGAAAUUGUAGACAGUGAAGAAAAACUUGAGGAGGAUCCUGAUGAAGAGAGUCUUAACAAAGAAAGUUUCUCUGGAGAUGGAACCACGUAUGCCAGUAAAUCGGUAGAUUCUGUAUCAAUGAAUGAGAGGCUUCAACAAUCUGUUGUUUCCGAAGAUGAAACUUCUUCGUCUAGUGCAGUAUCUGGGAAUAAAAGUUUUGGCGAAUUGAAUGUAGCUAAAACUGGAAUUUCGCCCACCGAAGAAUUCACAGAUUCUAUACCAGUUAGUGAAAAUUUUGCAAAAUUAGUUAUUGCGAAUACUGAAACCGAUUGUGUACCUGUCGUUAAAAGUCUGGAAGAGUCGAAUGAUUCGAAAAAUGAAUCUGAGUAUAUCGAAGAUUCGAAUGAUCAUUUAACCGAGCCUGAAAAUGUAGAAACAACUGAUGUUCUGACACUAAAGAGUGAUAACCCUGAUGAAUUGAUUCAUUCUCCAGCUAAGGGUAAAAUCUCUGACAGAAACGUUGAUGAUUCUACAAGGGACAAGCAAAGUGUUGAACAGUCGAUCGAUUCUGUAGACAGUGCUGAAAAUUUGAAUGAAUUGAUUGGGUCUGCACUUGGUACUGAAGGUCUUAGAGUAUCGAUUGAUCUUGUAAUGGAGAAAUCUGAAACCCUUCAAGAGUCAUCUCACUCUCCCGAUGGUAGCGAUAGUAUUGUGGACCCUGAUUCUCGAACAGUCAAUGAAAAAGUUGAAGAUUCAACUGAUCCUGUACCUGAUAAUCAAAGUAUUACAACAGUAGCUGAUUCUCAGAUGAAAGUAACUGCUAUUGACGAGUUAAUUGAACAACCACAAGAUGAAGCGUCUGAUCAACAGAAAUCGGAAGACGUGCAACGGCUGGAAAAUGAACCACAUGAACAGUUAGAUGCUGAAAUUUCUGAUCUUCAGGAUUCUGAUCAACAGAAAUCAGAAGAUGUACGAUGCUUGGAAAAUGAACCAUAUGAACAGUUAGGCGCUAAAGUUUCUGAUCUUCAAGGUUCAAAAAACGCGCAACACCCAGAAAAUGAACCUUCCGAAGUAAUAGCAACUAAAGUUUCUGAUCACCAGGAAUCUGAGGAUUUGCUGGAGCGGGAAACUGAAUCUCACCAGCUUGAAAAAAGAAAUGCAAUUCCACAAAGUGGUUUAGAACCUGUUGAAUCACCUGUCAUAUUGCCAACAGAUUCUAAAGACCAUUUGGAAGAGAAAUCAGUUCAAGAAGGAGAGGAGCAGAAAUCCAAAGAACCCCAAACAGAAGAGCCAUCAGCAGAGCAGAUAGACGAAAAACAAUCCUUUGAAGAGCUUCCAGUGUCUCAAGGUAACAACGAAUUUGUUAGUUCUAGUAAUGAAGAUGAACUACUGAAGUCCAGUUCGGAUUCGGAGCAGGAUCAGAAUGUUCCGAGGAAAAAAAGGAAUGUGGAAGAAGAACUGCUAUCGAAGUCUCAGUCUGUUACAAUUGACAAUGUUGUUGAUGAAAGCACAGGGAUCGAACAUGAAGAUGUUUUAGAUGAAGAUGAAGAUUCUGGUAGCGCAAGGUCGUCUAAACCAACAGAAAAUCAAACAGAAUUUACUGCAUUUCAACCGAGAGAAAUUUCUACAGAAAAACUUGAUGCUUCAUCGACAAAACUGGCUCUCAGUUCUUGUACAGGAACCGUAGAUAUGGAAACUUAUUCUUCACAUCAGAAAGAUGAGAGACUUGUAUCUCAAACUACAGAUGCAAUUGUCAGAGAACAGGACACAAUAUCGGAAUCUGGUACAGAUGAUGAUCGAUGUCAAAAUGUUGAAUACGAUGCAAUAAACGACGAAUCGAAAGAAGAGAGUAAAAGUGCAGCUAAUGAAAUUUUAUAUUCGGAACCACAGCAAACAAUCAGAACUGCGGAUGUGCCACCUGUUGAAAAGGUUGCUGUGUAUCCUUUGGUGGAGUUACCUAAUGCUAUAGAUGAGAUUCAGCUUUCUAAAGAUUGCGACGCUGAAGAAGCAGUCGAGAAACAUUCUGCAAGUGGAUUGGAUGAGAGCAGUGCAUCUAAAAACGACGACUUGUACUUCAAAGAAAUAACGCCAGCAGCUAUCGUUGACUUAAACAUAUCAAAAUCUCCCGAAAGAAUAACUGUUGAAAGUAAGAAUGAUAAUAGAACAGAUAUAUCGAUCCGAACAGGCAUCGUAGAUGAUUAUUGCAACGCGGUAGCGGAAAAUCCGAGUCCUUCCACAGAUCAAGAUUCGAAUGAAGCAAUGGUAAUUGACGACAGAGUGUUUGAUUCUAACGAAUCAUCAAAAGAUGUGUCUAACGAAGAUUCUACUUUAGACAAAGGAAAAGCGAUGGAUGAUAAAAAGAGGUCUUUUGAACAUAUCGCUGCUUCUAACGAACCUAGAAGUACCUCAGAUUCAAACCUAAUAGGAGAUCAUGAAACAUCUAGCAAAAAUAACACCGAUGAGACUCUUGAGCAGUUGAAUGAAAUAUCUCGAUUUAAUGUGGGGGUUGUGUGUAGCGAUUCUAAACAGGAAUCUGCUGUGUCUCUAUCUGUUGAAUUUCGAAAUGUCAAUACAUCCCAAACUGAGAGUGAUGUGAUUUCAAAUCAGUUGGAAGAUCGAAAUAACGAGGCGAGUAAGUUAGCAUCAACCGAACUGGAACAUGAAAUUGAAUCGGAAUCAACAAAAGAAAAUUUAGGUGGAGAAUUGAAGUGCGAAAGUAAUCCGCUUGGGAAAUAUACGGUAGAGUCAGAAUAUGGAGAAACUGAGGACAACGCCGAGAACUUGACACAGGAUGCAAGCACAGAUGAUCAAAAGUCUCUUGUAGCAAAUUAUGACAGCAGCGAUCGUGAAAGUGAUGAUGUUUUUGAAAACGAUCUCAUCGAAAGUAAAUCCAACAUAGAUGAGUCUGAAAGUAUGGAAAGCCAGGAAUUGUUACUAGACAGAGAAAAGCAGCAAGAUUCCUCUCCGCAGAUUGAUAGUUUCCAUGAAAAAGUUGGAGCAACUUCUGGAUUACCACCACAAUUGCGUGAAGAAGUGUCGGAUCACGCUAAAAGAGAUAUUUCCAGGUUACAAACUGAAAUUGCUGAAGAAAUGAUAACUGAAAGAACAGAUAAAGAUUGUUUAACAGAUGCGAAUGCAUACAAUGAUAACACAAAUUUCUCAGGUUCUAAUUUAGAUGAAACUGAAGAAGCGAAAACAUCAUGGGUAAAUAAGAAUUUACCGAAACAAGGUGCAGAAGAAAUAGCAGCAAAUGACAAUAAGGAGAGCAUGGACAGCAUGGCUGAAUCAAAGACUGAUGAUCUAAUUGAGCAAGCUAAUGAUACAGAAAACAUGACAGAAUCGAUAACAGAACACACAGAAGGAGCCAGAGAAAGUUUGGUAUCUCUGGAAAGAGCGUUUGAUACGAAACCCCCCGAAGAAACUGAAUCAAAAUUUGCUGGCAAAACGAAAGACGAAGACAGUAAGAAAGAAUCUGAAAUGAAAUCAGUGGAAAUAAUAGACAAUACGAGCCAAGAGAAGAGUAUGAACGAAUCUGUUCUGUCCUUGACACAGCACCAAAUUCCGGGAACAGAAAAAGUUGGGGAAGAAAGUAUUUCAGAAUCAUUACGUGAUUCUGUUGAAGUCAAUGCAAAAGAUGAAAGGGAAACAAACACUUUGGAACAUAAUGAAAUUUUGAGUGUGAGUACGAUAUCAGAUUUACACGUAGUACAAGGACCUGUUGGUAAAAAUUUAGAAAAGGAAAUAUCGGAAAAGGGAAAACCUAUUGUUACAAAUAGUCUCGAUGACAGCAGCUCCGUGUUGUCCUCAUCCAUAGCGGCAAAACAUUUUUCAGAACCAGACACGGUAGACUUGAAUAACAGCGAUGAGGAGGAAGAUGAACAAUUCGAGGAAGAUUCUGGUAUUGUUCAUCAUCCGAAGAGGUUGAAACAAGAUUCGAGCAUAUCUAUGCUGGCCAACGAUGAAAGAGAUUUAAAUAUUAUAUCGUUACUGGCAAAGGAUUUGAAAAACAGAGAUGAGACUGCUGGAUCGGACUUGCUGAACCACAACAUCAGCUAUGCUGAAUCAAAAAAAUUGGAGGGUUCCGAAUAUGCUGAGAGUUUAGAAUCUUCUUUACUCGACGACAAGAGGAUCGCGAUAUUGAAGUCCAAUGAAAUCACUCUGCCACACGAUGCAGCAAAGGAUACACCCGCCUUCAUAGCCGAAAAAAUGGAAGCAAACAGAUGCAGUUCUGACUUUGUUGCGGAAAUUGUUGAGGAGAAGAUUUUAGACCUCGGAAAGGUCGAGUUUGAGAAAGAAACGAAUGACAAAUUGGGAGAUUUUUCGAAGGAGAAACAAUUCAAUACCGAAUUGGUAACAAAGUUGAAUUCUUCCGUGAACGAAAUCGCCGACGACUCGGCGAAACUGAUUACCUCGCAAAAGAAAAGCCUGAACGAAAACAUGACGUCGUUGGCAGAUGAGACUAGUAAACCUGAAGCUGAUACAACUACGGAUAAUUUAUUGACGAACAAGAUUCGCGACACGGGUAAAGAAACCAAAGGAGACUCGGAAAUCCAAAGUGUCAAUCUCAAAGUCAUAACUAUCGAAUCGGACGAUUCGAUGGGCGCUGAUAACGAGGAUCCGUUCAGCAAUUCUCAGAUCGAACUGGACCCCCUAGCUUGUAUGGACGAAGACACGCAAUCAAAAUCCGAGGACACUAAUGUCGCGUCGUUGGGAAUUCGUGUCAAGCCUGUGUCGGAGCUGGUAUACGAAGGGUGGAAAUUGGACGGUGCUGAGACGCCCAAGAUUUCUAGAAAACGACGCAACAGUCACCACGAAUCAAACUCCGAGGAUAUAGCAGUAAAAGACGACGACGAUGAGAGCGAAGGGACUGGCGGCAAAAGGAUGAGAUUACGCGGAAAGCGUCUUCCUAAUAUUAAUCUGCGCAGGACGGUCGAAGAGAAACGUGAGGAAGCUGAUAGUUCAGACGACGAAAAUCACAAAAAGCUCAGUAGUAUUGAAAAGGAUGACUCUAAAACAGGCGACGACGUUAUCGUCGUAGAAAAUUCUUCAAAUGACAAGAAAACCCGUGGCAGACCCAGAGGGAAGAGGAAGUUGCGACGGGCAAUUUGCCGUUCUAGGCGAGCGGCUCCUGCUUCAGAUACCAAUCAGUCGGCAGCUCCCGAAUUGUCUGCGACUACGGAUCCACAAACCCCGGUUCUUAGCAGCCCGGCAGUCAGCAGCGACACACCACAGAAAAAAAGAAAGAAAAGAAAAAUGGUGCUAGGUUUAGAGAUUGGAAGAGACAUAAUAGACACCUCGCAGUCUGGGGCCUUGCUGAAUGAAAAUCCCGUCAGACAAUCGAGGCGAAUAGCGCAGCUUAAAAUUAAGGAGGAGGCUGACAGAAGGCGAAUAGAAGAAGAAACGUUGUGCGAACUGAAAGAGAAGAAGGAUCGAGACUCGGUUAACCAGAAAAAAAGAAAGAAGCAAAAGCCUGAGAGUGAGGAAGAAGUUUCGUUUAAAGAGAUCGUCGAGAGAGAAACAAAGCCUAAGAAAAAGCAUAAGACGAAAAUAAAGAAGAAGAAAACUGAGUCAAAAUUUGAUGAAACGAAUCCUUGGCGCAGUUCGUCUGGUUCUAGCACCGAAGACGAAGACGAUCACGAUGAGGACGACGAUGAGGAGGAAGAAGCAGAAAGCGAGGGCUCUGUACUUUUUAAAAGUGAUCACGAAUUUUCACCCGAAAGCGAUCUCGAAAAAGACGAAGAAUCGGAACCAUUGAGAAGAGCUAGAACGGCCCAGAAAGCCCAAAGUGACGACGAAGAAGCAGACGAUGAAUAUGCGUGUCAAAAAUGUGGCAAAGCUGAUCACCCUGAGUGGAUUUUAUUGUGCGAUACAUGUGACAAGGGCUGGCACUGUUCCUGUCUGAGACCAGCUCUUAUGCUCAUACCAGAGGGCGAUUGGUUCUGUCCUCCGUGUCAACACAAUCUACUGGUGCUUAAACUGCAAGAGAACUUGAAGAAAUAUGAUAAGUACACGAAGAGACACGAGAACGAGUUGUUGCGAAAGAAGAGACUGGCCUAUGUUGGCAUCAGUUUGGACAAUGUUCUGCACAGAAACGAGACCCAGAAAUCAUCCAGAGCAUCAAGCCAAGAGUCUGAUAAUGAAUCCUCAUCCUCAGCUUCGUCGUCGAGCUCCGGGAGCUCGAGUAGUGAAGACAGCCAACCUGUUUACCAACUCCGAGAACGACGUUGUGCAAAUACUUACAAGUUUAAUGAGUACGAUGAGAUGAUAAAUGCUGCAAUUCAAGAUGAGGUAGAAGCUGUUCGAGGAGCUGGAAAUCAGGGUAGAGGAAAAGAUAUAGCUACUAUUGUAAACGCUGAAAAAGAAGAGGCGCAAGCUGAGGCUUUUAAGAAGAAUCAACUAGAAGGAGAUGAGGAUGAGACGGACGACAGAAAGCUUGAAAAAGAAAGUGAUGAGGAUUAUAAAGCCGAAAGAGAUGCAGAUUUAGAUGACGACGACGAUGAGGACGAUAAGCCAAAAGUAUCGGCGCGGAAGAUACUUUCUAGAAAAAAGCAUCGUAAGCUGAACAGCUUGGACACCAGCAGUGAGGAUGAUCCGGAAAGUGACGAGGACUUCAAAGGUUCAGUUUCAGACGAGGAAGAUGAUCUUGAUGAUCAGGGAUCGUCUUCUGAUGAAAGUACCUUCGCUGAUGCUAGGAGGCAACGGGGUCGAAGAGGUGGAGCUCCUGUUAGGCGGUCGACAAGAGCUAGAAUGACUCGAUACGACGAAGAUUUUAUAAACGACGAUAGCGAAGAUAGUGAUAAACCUAAAAAAAAGAAGUCACGGUCUAUCUGGGAGGAGUCGGAAAGUGAAGAAAGCGAUAAUUCUUGGAGACAAAGAAAGAAACGCAGGAGUAAAACGACGCCAAUACCGAAAUCGAGGUCGUCAAACAAAUCGAAACCUAAAAAAAAGAGUAAGAAGAAGCGCAUCAUCGAAUCUGACAACCAAAGUGAAAAUGAUGAAGAAAACAAACCUGGCACACAUAUUAAUGAUUCUGACGGAGCAGAGGAGAUCCAGUCGGUUCUAGAUCAAGAACAAGUAAGUGAAAACGAGGAGAAGAGGAUUUUGUGCGAUCAGGAUGGCGUUAAAACUGAAGAAAAAAUCGAGGGAAAUCAGGAGAAUGAACAAAAAGAUGGUAUUCCUAUGGUUUCGAUGGAUGCUGAGAAACUUGCCAAGAAAAAAAAGGAAAGUAUACCUAAACGGAAGAAGACUCCACCCAUAAGACGAAAGAUCAUUUAUGGUGGACUUUCGGAUAGUUAUCCACAACAGGAAGAAGAAACACUAGGCAGACGAACACGGGGCAAGAAAAUUAAUUACCAAGAAGAUAUGGCGUCUGAUAGUGAAGAGCUGGAAUACAAAAGGUGUAAAGAUCCAGCAGUUAGUAAUAUCACCAAUAAGUAUAAAAAUAAAGAAGAAGAUUGGAUAGAAAUGGAUUUAAAAGCAAGAACGCUCAUAGUCAGCUCAAUCUCUGAUAAACAAUUAGAAUACGUUGGUGAAUGCAAAACAGCAUUAGAAAUGAUGACAAGAUUUGAUAAAAUGUAUACGACACAAUCAACAGCACUGCAAAUAAUGUGCAGAGGAAAAAUCGAUGAUAUUAGAUUGACAAAUUACCAGUCAAUAGAAGAAUUUUUUGUAGAGUUUGAAAAAUUAACAAAUGAAUUUAAAGCAGCUGGAGGAAAGAUAGACGAAUCAGAAAAAAUGAGAUAUUUGAUCAAAGCUUUGCCAGAAGAGCAAAGAACCGUUGAUUACUUGAAGUCCAAAAUAAAGGAGAAGAAUUUGAAUUCGAACGACAAAAACAAUAAAAGCAAUGUCAGCACAUUUGGUGCAAAAACACAAGAUAAGUGCUACAACUGUGGUAUACCAGGUCAUCACAAGAAAGACUGUAAAAAGGGACAACACAACAACAGAGGCAGGGGUACUCAAGUCAAUCAAGGACAGCGAAGUCAUCAGCGAGGCUAUUACAGAGGUGGAAAUCACCGAGGUCGAGGCAGAGGACAAAGUCAAUCCAGAGAAGACUAUUCCAGCAAUCAACAAGGCAACUACUCAUCGGAGACUUGGUCAACAGAGGAAUUGAAAAAGGCUUUGAAAAAAACUGAAGAGAGCGAGGAUGAGUUUGUCAAUGAAGUCGAGGAGUUGAACGAGGAAGCUGAGAAGGAUUCAGACUCAGGUGAUAUAUACUCUCCGAAAAAAGAAGCUCCAAAGAUAAAGGGAAAAUCACCGAAGGGUAAGAAACCGAGAAAAAGUAAAAGUCCCGCGGCAACGAAAAUGAACCCAGCAAACGAGCAUGAUGCCACUCCAAAGGCCAAAAGAAAGCCGGGUCCAAAACCCGGGAGUAAAAACAAGCCGAAGUCACAGAAAAUGAUGACCCUGCCGUUCAACAAUCCAAGAAGCGGCGGCGAGGAGGGCGACGUGACCGAGGAAGGCUCGCUGGCAGGUCUUGGUACCGAGGAAUUCGCUGAGCUGGACGAGGAGCAGCUAGAUCAAAUGAUGAUGAUGGAAGACGAGGAAUACGGUAAACGGCAGCUGGAGCUGGCUGCGAUAGAGAUCGCGAAGAAGAAGAAGGAGGAGCGGGAGGCGAAGAAGCUGGAAAAGGCCCGUUUAAAGGCCUUGGAGAUACUGGCGGCUGAAAGACAGAGGGAUCCGAAUGCUCCAGAAGGCACAGACGGCGAAGCGCCGAAAAAGAAGAAACGUGGACGACGCAGUAAGGCUGAGAUUCUCGCCGAACAAAUGAGGAGAGACGGGGCGCCAAACUUGUCCAUUGAAUCAAAGUCUCCAAACGUGACUGCCAUUCUUUCACCCAGCGUGGCGCUGACCCCAACGACCAGCGUGACUCCGAUCUCGUCUCCUAGUGUCACGACUCCAAAUCUGGCUCCGAAUAUGUCGUCUUUUUUGAGCCCUAAUCCCGGCAUGAAUUUGGCCCCUAAUCUAACCCCGACAUUGGUCGCUAAUAUGAGUCCCAUCGCAACACCGGAGGCGCAAAAGAUUCCCGAAAAUCUUUGUCCUGUAGUCAUCGGACCGGAUACUCAUGCUUUCAGUCCCGAAGGUAUGCUCGUAAAGCCGAAACGUCGGGGCCGCGGAAAGGGGAAAAAAACUCUUGCUCUGGAGGCCGCGAGAGCGGCAGAAGCUGCGGCGAAGGGCAUCGAUCACAUAUCGGGUUUCGGGACGGAUUCCAACCCCGAAAUGAAGUCCGACGAUCCCAAUAUCCUACCGACUCCUGGUAGCAGCACGUCCGGUUCCGCGCCCUCGACACCGCCAGCGAGCAUCACGGUUGUUCAGCAAGGGACGCCUUCGAGUCAAAAUCAGGCGCCGCCGCCAAACGUCAGUAUUCAAUCCAGCCAGAGUUACCCAUCGAUGUCACCCGUUCAGCAGCAGCAAUCACAGCAGCCGCAGUCCUCGGUGAUAACUAGGAUGCUUCAGUCGCAGCCGGUAUCGGCCAGUCCCCAAUCAUUUGCAGCGGCGGCCGCUGCUAUGGGUCACAAGUACUUUGGUACCUCGAACGCACCUGGAAAUAUAAUGGGCGUUCCCCGAGCUGGUUUCGACAUCCAACCACGUGGCAGGAUCACACUGCCUUACGGGCAACCUGGCCAGUCUCCGAUGCCUCCACACUUUGCCGCUGUCAGGUCAGGCACGCCGCCGAUGAGGAUGCGAGUUCCCGGUCCACAGAUGUACCACACACCUCAUCACCCAAUGGACCCUUCGCCUUCUGGCGGAGGGCCAAUUUCCAUCAGCAGCAGCAGGGACCGAAGUUCGCCACUGGGAUCAGGAUCAGGUUCGGCGAUGAUUCCUCCAGCAGCUGGGAGUCCAUUGACCAAGGGCGGACCUACGCCUCCACCUCCGCCGCCCUACGCUAGGGGCGUACCGCCGAUGGGAAGAUUCCCUGAGGGUUCCCCAAUGGGCGGACCGAGGCACCAGAUGCCGCCGUUCGCCAAUGCCACUGCAACUAAUCACGGUAUGCAGCAACCUUCACCACCGCCCAAUCGCGCGACAGGGAAUUUCUCACCCUAUCAUCCACCGCCUCCUCCAACUUAUCAUUACGGUGCUUAUCCUCCGCCACCACCCAUGACUACGGCUGACGACGCGGCAGCUUAUCAGGGCUCCCCGUAUCCUACGGAACAUUUUUCUACGCCUGCUGAAAAUCCUGCACCUAUACAACCACCCCCUCCUCCUCAAGCACAGGCACCGCCGCACACUCAUACACAUCCACCUCAUACGACACAUCCUCAUACUCACUCUCAUCCUCACCCUCAUGCCGGUGAAACCGGCGGACCUGGUGGUAAUAAACAGUUUGACGAAGAGGGUAGCGGGGAAUUUGGAGGUUUGGUGUCUUACUUUAGUAGCCAGAGAGAGGACGAUCUCGACUCGUAGCACGAGUGAAUACUUGGCCGAUCCUGAAUCGUUAUCAGCGGUAACGUUAUUGAUUUUCGCACGCUUUGCCGAUGACGAUGAGCGUUCGAUAUAAGUAACAGGGUGACAGGGCAUGGGUCACGCGUUGUUUCAGUAAUUAUUUACAUUUGAAGAAUAAAAUAUUCUUUUGCUAUGUUGCCUCAAAAGGCAAAAGUGCUUUGUUCCUUGUUUUGUUUUUAUCUGAUUAUUUUCCUGGUUAAUUCUAUACAGAGUGUAGCCAUGCGUAGAAAGAUAAUAACUGAAAAUAAAAACCAAUGAUCAACAUUGAAGUAAAAACGUAUUUUAAGAACUUGUGUAAUUCUGAGGCAACAAUGUUAUCAAUAUUUGAAACUCGUGCGUAACGCAUGUAUCGAUUGAAGUGCUUGAUGAAAGAGAAACGAAUACAAUCCUAUGGGUGAGGCUAAGGUUUAAGAAGUUAUUCGAAUUCUAGGGAAAAGCAAACAAACGGUGCUUGUUAAUAGCUUAAUGAAUCCAUUCGCGAAUUCUCGGAUAAAGCGAAAAAGAGAAAAAGGGGGAGAAAAAGAGGGAGAAAUAAAAGUUAAAUUUAUUGAACAGGGAAAGUGCAGAUUUUUUUUAUAGAUGACGUGAUUUAGCAGCUGACGAUGGGAAAUAGAUCUGACGUGAAGAACUUUCUAUCUGUAUUAAACGCUUAGAGGAGAAAAAAAUAAAUAAAAAUGAAAUAUUAAUGAAAGGAAUUUAAUAAAGAAAAGAGAAAAAGAAAAAAAAUCAAGAAUUUAAAUACAUAUAGAGUUUGCCCUCUACCCCCGUUGUAGAAGGAUGAUAUAUAUCUUUUACAGAUGAAACACAAUUUAUUUAUAAAAAAAGACGAAGAAGAGAAAGAAAUGAAAAUAAUUUUAUUGUCGCGAGAACCAGUUUAUUAUUAUUAAAAAAAUGAUAUGAUAUAAAAAUAAAUAAAUAAAUAAAAUGAAAUAAAUAAAUAUAACCGGCUAAUAAUAGGUCCGUUAUUUAUCCGUUAUAAUGUAUAUAUGUAAAUACGGCGAGUCUUUAGAUUAUUAUAUUAUAUGUACAUGUACUAUAGUACAUAGUCAGGCAAAGGAACGAGAAAGAAAAUCAUAAACCAUAAGUGCAGAGGGGCACAAAUGUAAUAUUUAAACUGAAAAAUCGAAAUGGGAGAUAAAAAUUUGAGAAGAAAUUAAAUAGAACAUUACGAAAACAAAAAGAGGAUACAUGAAAAACCCGGACAAUUUGAACGAAAUAAUAUCCGAUUGAUAAUAAAUUAACAAAUGGUGUGAAGACUACUAUUAUUAUAAUUAUUUAUAAACGAAUUAAGAUUCUAUGAUAGGGCAGUAUAUUGUAUUUUACAAGAUUUUACUUGAUAAUUAUUAUGAGAGGAUGAAAAAAAGAAAUAAUAAUAAUAUUAACUAUAAUUAUAAUAAUUAAUUAUGUCAUUAGUGGGAUUUAUGCAGCAGAAAUCAUGUAUCUGUUUAGUUAUCACAAGUACACGCAUACCUACCUAACUAUGAAUAGAAGUUAUAUAUAUAAAGAUAAAUGAAAGAUAUUACAUUAUUAUACAUUAUAGAGUUAGCUGCUUGGAAUAGUUUUCCUUUACUUCUAACGUUAACAAUUCACAAAAAAGGAUUUAAACAAAACACGGAAAAAUAAAAAAAACAGAAAAAUUUGGCGAUGUGACGAUAUAAUCAAAUGUACGAUUGCCAAUAAUUUUAUUAUUUUUACACGCAUCAGACGAUAUCUUCAUCUUAGUUCAUUAUUACAAACAUAUAAUCUGUUUUUCCUUAACGCCAAUAGCAAAUCUUCAAUUCGUCACCAUACAUAAAUACAUACAUAGAGGUAACAGGCAGUUCACCUCUGGAAUACAUUUCAAGGAUAAUUUUAAUAUAUUUUUUUUCUUUUCCAGUGUCUCGAAGUUGACAUUGGUUUCGUAACGUUGACUUUUCAUCUUACACAAAUUGGUAUUUCAAUUGAGAAGCGUGCAUUGAAUUGACACAGGUCAAGAAGCAUCCUUUUAAUGAACCGUAUCAACAAUUUUAAUCCUUCGUUGAUCAGAUGCUCCAUUCUUUAAAUUCACUUCAAUGUUAACCCGCUUCUUUGGGAUUUAGGUUACAAUAACGUAAAAUACAACCAUAAAAUUGAUAUCAAAUGCGAAGAGAAAAAUAUCUUCUUGAAGUGUAUUCUGUAAGGACAAAAGGCUAAUUAAGAGACUUGCUAAGAUGUUUUUGUUUUGGUAUGGGUCUAAACCAAACAUCAUUAUAUUACAUGUGUAGACUAAAUACAAAACAUUUUGUAAUAAAACUCAAUAUAUUAAAAUAAAGUAUAUAAUGUUCACUUUC